GCAGUAGGUGGAAAACAGCAAGUUAAAUAGAGAUCUAGUAAUAUGCACAGAUGCCUAGAAGUGAAAGAAACCCUGUCAAGCCAACACGAUGGAAUGAUGUGGAUGGGAUGAUGAUGAUGAUGAUGAGGAUGAGGCCAAGGUGGGCCCAUUGCCGGCAGUUUCCCACCGCCUUGGCAUGCUGUCUGGGCAGGGAAGUUCAUUGUGGCCAGAUUGUUUCUCUGAUUUUCCUGUGGCUCGGUUUGGCUCGGUUUCUGAUCUAUUCUAGACGUACGGAAUGUUCAAUUCAUGUUCAAUAUCGACAGAGAAGAACAUGACGUCAGUAUAUCAUAUACGGUGCAAGCGAAGACUAAGAUCGGGCGAUCGAAAGCGGUCAGGCUCGACCAUGAUCGGAAACGGAAUAGUCGAUCUGACAGAGAAAGAACGAGAAAGAGAGUAAGAGAGAAAGAGCUGAAUGAGGAUAGAAAUAGAAUAAGAAACAGAUCUCUUCUUCUUCCUCUCUCUCGAUCUCUCUCUGCUCUCCCCUUUUCUGUCUCCUUUUCUGUGACUGACUCCACUUCCAUUUCCCCUUCUCGUCUAUUGAUUUUGGUCCGCCCCGUCCCUGCGGCUGGCCGCUUCACAUUUGACGGCUCUGGUCCUGGUGGAUCCGCCCAACCUCAGCUUGCCAACGAGCUCCAUCCGAACCAGAUUCUCCUUACUUCCUCUUUCCCAUUGCUGCCCCGCAGUUCGUCCGGCUCCGUCGACUUCCUCUCGGGACUCCUAUAAUCUUACUCUGAGCGUCUCCCGAUUCUUCAAUUCUCAAUCGAUUGAGAGAGACAGCCAUCGCAUCCUCCGCCAGAUAUACAACCGCCAUCAUGCUCGGCAUCAUUGCGGAUCUGUUCUCUUCGGUCAUCACCA